UUCCACCUCUUAGGACCUUCAAAAAUAUUAAUGAUGGCCGUUUCUUCUCCUUUGUUUUCUAACUUUGGCGUGUGUUUGGCAGAUCCCAAAAACAAGAAACUAAACACUAUAGAAGCUCCACUUUCAACAGGUAUUCCUGUUCAUUAUUCAUCAUCUCAGCCAAGCAUCGUACACAGUGAAUUCAAGAAUUUUGAGGAGAUUAAUGGUGAUAAUGAUCAUUUAGAUGGAACAGUGAAGAAGCUUAAUCACAAUGCAAGCGAACGUGAUCGGAGAAAAAAAUUUAAUAGCUUGUGUUCUUCUCUUCGUUCUUUGCUUCCAGCUACUGAUCAUACGAAAAAAAUAAGCUUUCCAGUCACAGUAGCAAGAGUGAUAAAGUACAUACCAGAUUUAAAGAAAGAAGUGGGAGGACUGACACAGAAGAAAGAAGACCUUACAUUAAGAUCCAUCCCUAAGAAAGAAUAUUCUGCUGAUUUUAAUAAUAAGCAAACAAUAAUUAAAGGAGGAAUUCAGAGUUCUUUAUCAGUUAUCUCAGCAAAUCAAGUGGGAAAUAGAGAAGUCAUUAUUCAUAUAUCUAUUUUGAAAACCAAUAAGAGUUCGUUUGCUGAAGCUGUAUCAGAACUAGAAGAGGAAGGACUUCUUCUACUAAAUGCAUCUUCUUUUGAAACUUUGGGAGAUAGAGUUUUCUACAAUUUGCAUUUUCAGUAAAAAUUGAGAUUCUGGUAGGAAGGCCGGUCACUACAUAAGUCGCCAUCCGUCCAGGAGAGAAGCUAAGUGGAUGCGCCCCUUCACUUAAAAGCGGAUAGGGUACUGAGCCGUCGAAGGGGUCAGAUCACUCUGGAUUACUGAAGAGUCGUCCGACUUCUCGGUGACUGAAUAAGAAGUAUAGCCAAAUCAAGAUGAGAUGGGACGGCCGUUCAGAGGCCGCAAGAUCAUUUUUGAAAUUAUCCAGAAGAAAAGGAGGCACAUAUCCUAUAGGGUCGUUGAGGUUCAAAGAUACUACUAUAGACCUAGAUAAUCUCAUAAGUAUGUCUAGAAAUAUUUGCUUAUGGAAAUUGUGCACUUCAGAAUAUCUAUGUUACUAUUAAUAUAUGCGCAAACUUUGUUGAUCUUUAUUUUAUUAUA